GUUAGAGGCGUCUGUUUGCGUUGCGCGUUUGUAUUUGGCAAAGUAUGAAAGUAUCGCAUAUUCAGAUGCGGUGAAGAGCAUUUGUGUUGGAAUUGUUGUUGUGCCCGGGAGUCUCAGUACAGUAGAGCAAGUGAUGAGAACACCACUUCUGCAGUUACGUGACGUAGAAUUAAGAUACCGUAAAUAAAGUUUUCCCGAAUGAUAAUAUUAGUCAAACGAAUGACGUACGAAACAGAGUAUCAUUGAUAUUAAAUAAUUGUCAGAAUGGGUCUUAUUUGCGAGCCUCUGUUGUACGCUUUCGCUCUAGUCGACACCGGAACCAUACUCUUCGUACUCGUGUAUUUUGUGAUAGCACUUUCAGAUCUCGAGUGCGAUUAUUUGAAUGCUCAGCAAUGUUGUUCGAGUUUAAACAAGUGGGUCAUGCCAAAAAUAUUAGCGCACACGUUUCUCAAUUUCAUGCUUCUGAUACAUGCAGACUGGUUACUGGCAUUGGUAAAUUUACCAAUGACCAUUUGGUUGUGGUAUGAAUAUUGCGCUGUGCCACAAGGCAAUUUGGGAAUAUUCGAUCCAACAGAAAUACACAACAGGAGACAACUGAAAAAACAUACUCGCGAUUGUAUGAUCUACUUAGGAUAUUAUCUCAUAUUUUUUUUCAUUUAUCUUUACUGCAUGAUUAUCGCAUUAUUGAGAGGUGACCCGAUAAGCAGAGGUGACGACGACUCGGAAGACUUUUAAUCAUAAAAAUGUAUAAGAUCAAAUCUCCACUUUUUGUGAUCAUUCAAUUGUAUACGUAAAUUUGUGUGAUUCGUAUGUUAAAGUGUAAAUCAAAUAACUUAUUCUUUACAUUUUGUGAAUAGUAAUUUUGAGUGUUUUGAGAAAUAAUACUCUUGUCAAAUAAUCUGGCAGGAAUGGAAUGAUAAAAAAGAACCAUCCAAUUUGCACGUCAAUUUACGCGAUAUUCAUUUUUUUCCAUGGUUUUGAUAUAUUUAUAAAUACGGUCAUGUUGCAUUGAAAAUUUCCAGAUUUCUAGUCUCUUCGUUUUUGAACUUCGUAUCAGUUAUGAAACGGAAGAAUUUGUACGAUUGAAAUAAAAAUGGCGCAUUGAGAAAA